GAAAGUACCAAUUGAUUUCUUAACAGAGUCCAGAUCAAUAGUUCACAAAGUAGAUACGGUUAAAUGGUUUCAGAGGCAGCGAUUUUCGUUUAGCAAAGGGAAGAAGUUUACCAGAGUUUUCAACAUUCCAAAAGGGUCGCUCGUCAAGAUGGGAGGCGAUCCUUUGCUGUUGUCGCGUUUGGUAUGGGUGGGUUUCCUAUGUGGACAAUGCAGGUCCCUUGGCCUGGAAUGUGACGGCUGUGAAGUUCUACAGUCUAGAAAGCUGGACAUUGUUCCGAUGUUUGUAGCCAAGGUGUCUGUGUUCCAGCAGUGUUGUAACCUUUGCGCCAGCAUGGAAGGGUGCGGCGCAGUCAACUAUAACGUCAAUACAAGACACUGUGAACUGCUUCAUGUCGCCAGCAAAGGUGGAAAUGUAACAAACUCAGCAUCGUACAUUUAUGGUAUCUUUAAGCAAAAACGUGGACAGACAGAAAAGAACCUGUGCAGGACUCGUCCAUGUAAAGCCAAUCAAAUUUGUGUGAUGACUUCAUCGAACGAUGAUCACAUUUGCUGCGAAGGUGGCACCUGUAGUAACCCACCUGCUGUCAACCGUAUGAAGGCGGAGAUGGACUUCGUGACACUGACCACGGGUCAGGCCAGCUACAGCUGUGACACGGGCUACCAGCCCCAGGGCACGUCAGGCAUCAGUGAAUGCACAGAUGGGUCUGGCUGGUCCCAGGUUACCCUUGUGUGUCAGGGUGUAAACUGUGGCCGUCCACCGCCUCAAUCCAACCGGAACGUGACCUCAGUGACAUCCACCCUGUACCUGGACCAGGUGAGCUACAGCUGUGACGUGGGCUACUACAGAACUGACGGGGAGGGCACGAGUGUCUGUCAGGAGGACGGGGUGUGGUCAGUUCCCACACUCCAGUGUCAAGUCGUUGACUGUGGAACACCUGCGGAUAUUCCUGAAAUGGUUGCAUCCGCAGAGGAAACAAUCUACAUGAGUGUGACCAACUACACCUGCAGUCCUGGAUUAGAACCUGUGAAUGGCACCGGGGUCAGUGAAUGUCAUGCUGACGGUGUGUGGAGUCGCCCUACACUGACCUGCACUAAGAAGGACUGUGGCCAUCCACCGCCUCAAUCAAACCAGAACGUGACCUCGGUGACAUCCACCCUGUACCUGGACCAGGUGAGCUACAGCUGUGACGUGGGCUACAACAGAACUGACGGGGAGGGCACGAGUGUCUGCCAGGAGGACGGGGCGUGGUCAGUUCCCACACUCCAGUGUCAAGUGGUUGAAUGUGGGGCGCCUCCAGACAGGGAUGGUAUGGAGAAAGGUGGCGCUAACUCUACGGUGUAUCGGAGUCAGAUGACCUACAGCUGCAGUCCCGGGUUUGAUUUCGUGGGUGGCGAGGGCUCUAGCAUGUGCCAGGCUAAUGUAUCUUGGGGAAAACCAAGCUUGAACUGUACAAGGAAGGAUUGCCAGGCGCCCACGUUGAUCACCCACAUGACCGUCAACAGGACUUCGACUCUGUAUGAAAGCGAGGCUGAGUACACGUGUAGCGUUGGUUAUAACGCCACGGGGGGACACGGACGUGUCAUGUGCCAAGCUGACGGAACGUGGGAGACACCGUCCAUCACAUGCGAAAUUGUAGACUGUGGCUCACCUCCCGAUACGGAAACUAUGCAGUCUCCCCGGUCAGGAGGAACAAGCUACCAGACAACAGCGGUGUACAGUUGUAAGACGGGAUUUACGCAGUCGGGAGACGGAACCAGUACCUGCCAGGCCGAUGGAACCUGGUCCCCUCCCGCCCUGCAGUGUCAAAUUGUGGACUGCGGAGACCCGGCGUUCUCAGGUGCCUACAGCGUCAACUUCAGUACAACGACGUACCUGUCAUCAGCUAGCCUGGAGUGUGGCCUGGGGUACUACCCCUCCAAUGGAGGGGAUAUAGUUGUGGAGUGCCAAAGCGACGGUAGUUGGUCAGACCCCAUUCCCUCAUGUGUAGCUAUUCCGAGUUGGCAGCUGGCAGGGACGGGCGUCUCUCAGUCCAACCAGGCGAGUCUACAGUGCAGGGACGUUAGGUCAUCUGGUCCAAUCACGUGUGACGUUGACGAGAUUCUCGCGGGAUGUUCAACCAUAGCCACGAAUACUAAUAUACAAUACAAUUACGGACAGAGAGUGACGACCAGCAUCUCCACCGGCGGUGUUCAAUGUGAGGGGAGGACGAAAUAUGGUUCAUACCCAGCUGAUGCCCUGGCAAGAUGCUGCAAACAGCGGGGUCUUCAGUGUGAAUAUAUUCAGAGAAAUAAAUGUUAUAAGAACUUCAAGAUACUCGACUGUACCCUCUCAUGCUACGAGAACAACUCGUACUGUUCACUGAUACAUACAAACCAAUCUUGUGCAAAGCAAUACUCAUCCAGUUACGGUAUCACAGGUCGAAAGAUAAUCUGCUGCACAAGUCCUGGUCUGUCGUGUCACGUGAUGUCGUUACAAGCCGGAACCGGAAACAACCUGACCUUGACCUGUGGUGCGGGGGAGGUGAUGACCGGAUGUAGCGGCUACAUUGGGAAUGGCAUGCUGGGAGCUAUCAUUGAAGUAAUCAACGGUGUGGACUCGUGUGUGUUCAAGCUAGGAACCAGUACAGUGAAUGAGCUGCGUGGCUACGCUCACUGCUGCCGGAGUGGCUGAAACUGUAACAUGACGUUACAACAUCUUUAAAGGUAUCCAUCGAGCGUUCAUUCCAAUCGCUGCUUAGUCCUACGACCAGGCAUACAUGAGUCAUAUUUUUGGCCCAUGUUCGUUAUAGCCACACUGCUGUCUUGUGCUGAAAGAGAAUUCCAUUGUGGCAUAUUCAGCUUACGUGUAACGUUAGGUCUUCCAGCUUUUGGUUAUGAGUCGAUGGCUGCCUUUAAGUUAUAUCAGCUACAAUAACGAACCCACUGUGCAGUCCUGGAUAUUAUGAACGUUCAAGUAUUGCGGAAUAUCUCACGUAGUAAUGCGUGUGUGUGUGCGUGCGUG